ACGGUGCAAAUCCGCCAUAUUGUGAUUUUCUCUCUGGAGAGAGCCGAACCGGUGGGGGGAAAUUAAUUAAAAAAAAGAACGAACAUAUCAGUCCUGUCUGGCUUGCUGACUUGGUGAAGCACGGAUUGUGGUUAAUGCAUCACCGAGGAUAAAUAGAAGAACAACGACGGUCCCCUCACGAUGGCCUCCAAUGCACAAGAAGAUGAAUUUGACCAAGUUGAUAAACCAGGUGCUGAAAGAUUUCGGAGGAGACGACCAGCCAAUGAAGAAUGGGACAGUGAUCUUGAAGAUGAUUUGCUUAGUGAUGACUGGGGGUUGAGCAAAAAGAAUCUGUCUGACCAGUCUGAUGAAGAGCUUGAUGAUAACCUUUUGCAAAGUGAUGAAGAAGGAAAUGAAAGUUAUCAAGGUGUAUCGGUCGACAUCAAUGCUUCAACAUCUUAUACGGGUACAUCCUUAGAAUUGUCAAAGAGUAUUGGUGACAAAUCUGCUGAAGAGAUAUUGCAUUAUGCAGAUCAAGAUGCAGAUGAUGAAAAUGCAGUCCUGGAAGCUGUAGACGAUGCUCAAGAAGGGAUGGCAGACUAUACUCAGGAAGAAUAUGGUGAAGAUUUACAGUAUGAAAGCAACAACACUCACCUAGGAGACGACCAAAUGGAUUACCCAGUAGAACAGGGCGAAGAAGAGAUGUACAAUGAUGAAGUGUUAGACCUUGAAAUCAAUGACCCUCUAGAUGAUGAAUUUCAAGAUGAAGAAUAUUCACAGUUGUAUGUUGCAAACCAAGAUAUGCCGGGACAGCUUCAAACUCAGGGUAAUGAUGAAUAUGAAGAAGCAGUGACCACAGAAGUACAAGAGCAUGCUACAGAAAUAGUGAAUGAACCUGAAGAGAUGGUGAAGCUAAUACAGGAAGUGGAAGAAAAGAAGGAUGUUUCUGAUGAUGAAGAUGACGAGGAUGAGGAAUCUGGGCGAAUUCGUUUUAAAACUGAACGGAAAGAAGGAACAGUCAUUCGGUUAACAGAUGCGGCUAGAAAAAGGAGAAACAUACCAGACACCUUAGAACUUUCUGAUGAGGCUAAGGCUGCGUUACGUGAAUUUGAGGAGACAGAACGCCAACGGAAACAAGGAAAAAGAGGGCGAAGAGGGCGUUCAGGUAACCUUGGUUUUGGCGAUCCUAGGAAAGAUGGAAGGAAGAAAGACCAGCGCCUACCUUUGAUGCCAGUGCCUCCAUCACUGCCGAUUCCUCGUACUACUGUAAAUUCCCCAGAUCAUCAGUCUGGUAGAGGUAAUUUUCAACAGCGACAACAGCCACCGCCUCUCCUGGUACCUCAAAGACAUCCUUCCGCACCUCAGUUAUCUGUUUGCCCUCCGCAGCAACCAGAGCAGCAGCAUCCGCAGCAAAAAGACCAACCGCAGAAUUCAGAAACUGCUCCUAUAAAUUUGAAUGAAGCAGUAAUCCCGGCCCAACAACCAAAGAACAUUCAUAUAAACCCUCAUUUCCGAGGCCCAGUGGUUACUCCUGUCCAAGUGCCCUUGAUGCCUACGCCAAACCAGCCGAGGCCUGCUGUGGGCCCCCAGAGAUUCCUGAAUCCUCCAGAAUUUCAGCCACCUAUUCCAGUCCCUGCUAACUUUAAUCAGCCACCCAGGCAACCACUUCAGGAGCCAUGGAGAGGGCCACACCCACAGGAGAGAGAGCCCUUUUUCAUUGGUGAUUCAAGAUUCCAAGGACAACAUAUGUUUGAACAGCGGAGUCCUCCUCCCCCACUUAUGAACAAUCAUGCAAUGUCUUUACAACCUCCUAUGGUGUACAGCCAUCCAAACCCAGGUUUCAACCAGCAGGGGCAACAUCAUAUGUUUCCCAGGGAAGCUUCACUGAGAAAUAAUCUUCAGCCCCAAGGUCAUAUGGGGAUGCCUCCCUUUAACCAACCUGGUCCAUUAGCACCAAGACCAUUCAUUCCUCCAAGACAGCAAUUUCCACAAGCACCUGGACAGCCAUUUCCACCAUCUCCCCACAUUCAGCAAAAUUUACAGCCUCCCAUGCAGUUGCAGCCAUUGCCACAACACCAGAAUAGCUGUUCUCCCCAGCCGAUCAUUCCCAAUGCUCCACAUCAGUUUAGGCCGCACUUACAGAUUCUUAACACAUCUGUAAAUGACAAGCGACCUCAACGCCCACAACGGCAGAAUAUAAUGAAGCUUCGACAUAAUAUGCCUGGUAUGCAAAACAUGAAUAAGCUUCCAAAUCAAUUCCAGGCCUCUCCUCAACGGAACAGCAAUCUCCGUGAAUUGCCUAUUGCUCCUCAUAAUAGUACUCCCAAACAUCAGCGUCCUAUGUCAGCCCCUGCUGCUCAAGCUACAACUGUUUCGUGGACGAAAUCUACUGUCUCAACUACAAAUGCAACUCGAAUGAAACAGACUGCUCAAAGUGCAUCUACUGUUCAGGCUGCAUCAGGAGACAGAGCGCAGCAGAAGGUCUUGCAGCAAAAAAACAAGAAGCAAAAACCAGUAUCAAAUGAUUCUACAGUGGGAGAGUCUGUAGAUGAAGAUGAGGAAACAAGGGUGUAUCGCUUGAAAAUUGAGGAACAGAAAAGACUUAGAGAAGAAAUACUGAGACAGAAGGAACUUCGGCGGCAGCAGCAAGCUGGUGCUCGUAAAAAAGAACUUCUUGAAAGACUUGCACAGCAACAGCAGCAGCAGCCACUUGCAGCCCAACAACAGUCGCAACAGCAGCUAGUAAAUACACAGCAGGCUCCCCAGAAUUUUAACCCAGCUGCACUACAGGCUGUAAAUCAAGCACAGCCAAAUAUAAAGAAUAGACUGUACACAAAGAAACAGUUUACAGGAGUACAGCACCAAGCUAAUAGAACUCAACAGUCUGGAAAUAUUCUGCAAGUUCAGACAGAAAUGAGAAAAAACGGCAACCAAAUCAAACAGAUCAGACCUGCACCUUUAAAUCAGCAGUUUUCCAGACUGGCCCAGUCUAAGCCUGCUGGUGCAUCAGGACCCAACGUGCAAUCUGGCAAGAUGGUUAUUCCUGCACUCAAGUCCCAAGAAUUAAAACCUGGUUUUAAACGGACAGUAAUGCAAAGAAUGAACAGUGGAGGAGGGGAUGGCCCUCACAAUAAUCCCAAAGUAAGGGUACUCAAGCUACCGACAAUGCAGGGGAGCGAGAACACUGGCUUCUCUCAUCUUGAGGUCCAGCCUCAGCGGCAGCACCAGCAGCAACUCCAGAAACAACAGACCGUUCGGAAGGUCACAUUGACAAAAGGAGUGCAACAGCAACAGCAAAGACCACAGCAACAGCGGCAGCAAUCUGUACCACAUUUGUUAGGAAUGGCAAAAAAUAUAUCCAGUCAACAGAACAGGGUCAUUAUGCAGGGGCGCGGCAUAGCAUUACCAGGCCAGAUGGGCCGAGGACGCAUGAUGCAACAUAAACAGAAUUUGCGAGUGGUGGAAUGCAGACCUCAACCAUGUGUGGUGUCAGUUGAAGGGCUUUCUUCUUCAACCACUGAAAUCCAGUUGAAAAACCUGCUGAUGUCAGUUGGACCUAUUCAAGACUUCAAGAUGAUGCGAGAGCAACGAAAAGCCAUCGCAAAAUUCAAGGAACCAGCGCAUGCUUCAGCGUUUCAGCAGAAAUUUCACAGGCACAUGAUAGAUCUCUCACAUAUCAAUGUGGCACUGAUGGAUGAAUGAUUACUCUUUGAAUGGAAGCAUAGCUACGUACGAAUGCAGAAGGUCAGAUCAAGUCCAGUGAAGAUGUGAUAUGGCAGAGCUACCAUACAGCAAUCAAUUUCUAGCCAGUGUAAGCUGUCAAGUUGGUGAAACCAAAGGAGUUGACCCAAAUCCAUUGUGGGUUGAAGUAUGUAAUGGCACUGAAGAAGAUUGUACUCUUGUUUCUCCAUAUUUGUUUCUUGUCAACAAAUGGAACAAAAUCUUGGCAAAACCACCUAUGUGGAUUGAAAAUACCACAAAGAAUGACUUAUCUGUGAACAGUGACUGAAGUAGGCACUGUAGAAGUAGUUUGGCUGCUUAUAUAACAGAAGACUUUUAUGGUGAAUAACACUAGAUAAUGGUUGCUGCAGACUUCUUUCCUUGCAGGGUUAGAUUUGUGUGAAAUACAUACCCCUUUUUAAACUAUAUUGUACCAAUGUCAUGUCUCACCUGUAAUGCAUCAUUAUGUCCAUCUAAGUAAGAAUUAGUUGGAAAGAAAGCUAAGUUGAACUGCAUGCUGCUGAGUUUGAGUUGUAAAUUCACAUUAUCCAUUCUUUUAGACCACCUGAUAUGGGUUUAGACGUAUAAUGCUAAAUAGAAAGUUCAAGGGAAUACAUUUGACGAAGGCUUGCCUGUUAGUUGUUGACUGGAGUUUUAUCUUGUUUCAUAGUAAAUCUGCUUAUUGGAAAAUUUAUAAUUACGAAUCAGAGGAGGCAUACAUUGUUAAUGUUUUGAAAAGAUAAUUUGAAGAAAAAUUGGUCAGAUAUUUAACUGACUGCCUUAAAAUAUUUACCUAUCCUUUCUUUUCAGAAGUGAAUGAAAGAUCAGAUGUGUAGAUUUAUAACCCAUUAGGGCAAAAUAAUUUUGAAGGGUAUAACCUUUGUAAAAUAUCCAACAUACUUGAUAUUCAACUUUUGAAACAUAGUUGUUCAUUUUCUUUCGUGGUAGAAGACUGCAGAGUAGUUUACUAUUACAAAUACAGAUCAAAGAUGGAUGCUUCUGGGUAGUUCAUCAGGGCUGCUAGGGUAAUAACAGAAUGAAUGUUAAUACAUUCCUAUAGAUUGAUCUAUAGUUGGUAUUUCUCCAUAUUAUCAACCAUGAAAUUAGGACAGUUUCAAGGCUUUGUUCAAGCAUUUUAAAUAUUUUCAUCCACAGUUGUACAUUUAGCAUAAGUGUCUCGUACCUGAUGUAAAGCUUUUGUUUUGGGAUUAUAAACAGACCAAGUGCUUACUAAAGUAGAUGCACGUUGAACUGGAGAACCGGGUUUUCAUUCCACUGCACCAUUCAUUUAUUCAUACCAUGAUGUAUCUGCUAAAUUCUUAUCACCUGUAGAAAGAUGGUUUCACAGCCACAGACAGUGGAAGUUGGCUUGCUCAGUUUUCUUGCUUUGGAUUGCUGGUGAAAUUAGUCAUUCACAAGCCUUCCAAAACAGAUGGAAUGUCACUUUUUUCAGUGACAUUGAAAACUGAAGAACUUAAAGAAACUGUUAUUGCAUGAUAUCUUGAGAUGGAGAUAAAAAUUGUUUUAGGUAUUAUUUUAGUAUGUGCUCCAAGGUCUUCAGCAAAACAUUUUUAUUGGAUAUCUUUGAAAACAGAAUUGAUCUUAUUCAGACAAUUGAGAGUUGUUUAGGUGUUUAACUUGAUACAUCAAAUUCUCAGUCAUUCUUUGCAGAAGUAAAUUUUGUGCAAUCAAAACAGCAUUUGUUUGGCAUGGUCGACAUUCAGUUUCAUAUUUAACUUAAGUGCAGCUGGAGAAUUGUUUCUACAGAUUUGAUGAUCAGAGAAAUUUGGAUGUUUAACCUGUUUUGUGAUAGGACAAAGUAUAUAUGUGUUUGUAGAUCCAAGAUAGUAAUAUAACAUUUGAGAGAGCUUGCCCAGUAAAGUCCCAUUUAAUGAGGUUAUCUAACAGUUAUAAGGGAAAUAAAUGCAAAGAAUCCAGAUUUGUCAGAUCUUGCUGUUUUUUGAGGUUUUAUUAUUAGCAUGAAAUAGAUAGGCUUUCAGUUGCAUAUUUUGUUUAUGCUGAUAUACGACUGUAAACUCUGUAGAUUUAUCACAGAAUGUAUAUCAUAAACCUACAAAAACAGUGCAAGGGCAAGGAGGUGAGGUUGUCAACCCAGGAAUAUACUGAUCUUAUGCAAGACUUUUUUUUUGGAUUGGAUGGUCAAUCCUGAUGUAGUGCAAAGAUUGAAAGUAUCAUGAGGGUUUACAUCUUAGUUUUUUAGACCCACCGUAAGCUUCUGUUUGAGGAAGUAGAAUCUUGUUACAUGCAAUUUGGUGGAUGCAUUUAACAAAGCCUGGACAGAAUGGAUCUGUCUCUGCUGGUUCUUUCAAUAUGAGGAACUAUUUGUUGUAUCGUGAUCAGACAUAAAUGGAAUGAAAUAUAUUACAGAUGGUAAGGGUCUUUGGUCUUUAUAUUUUGCAGUUUUUUUUUGUAUUGCAUCAUCCACAAAUUGAGUUGCCAUUUGGUUCUCUUAGAUGUUGCACUUGCAUAUAACAUCUUAGCUUUGGAAAACCAAAUGGGUUACAACUCACCCACAAGUAUAAAAUAUAUAUUGUGUGUGUAAUAUAUAUACACAUCCAGUAAGUAUAAUUUUCGUUAUUGAAGCAACUACUUUCAGUGCUAUAGCUUUAGAGGAAGGAAUGUAUAUGGCCAUUUGUUAAUAGAAUCGGGAUAGUUGUCAGAGGGGAAAUAAUGGGGGAUAAGACAUGACACAUGACACAAGGACAUAAGUGCAGUAUAAAUGUAGGUGUUUAGAGGAAGAUUUGCUGCAACCAUCAUCAGAGUUGUUCACUGCACAUUGGUGGAUUUCACUUGUAGUGUAAAGAUGCAUUUGUAUAGCAGCAUGUAAGUAGAGCAUAAUGCUUUCAAGUCAUCGUCCGUGGUGUUCCAUCUACUUUUUAGACCUUUUGCAUUAGCUAAUACUUUCUGAAGUUGCCUGUUUUUUUCAAUGUAUUCUGAAGUUUAUUGGAUGCAAUGAUAAUUGAACUGAACAAGACAUUCUGUGUAUUAAUACAUUUUUAUAAAGAUCACAGUUCUUCCAUAUGUACUUUCUCCUGUUUAUUUGCAUGAUUCUUUUCACUCAGAGGUGAUAUUUUAUAAACUCCUCGGUGUGUAUGUGGAGCCAAAUUUUUUUUUUGGGGUGUUGCUGUAUUGUUUCUUAUGUAGUAAAAUGUUUCUUGAGUUUGUGGGGUUGAGUUCAAAUAGUAUAAUUUGAAUCUGACUCAAUAACUUAUUUGCUGGAUGUUAAUGGGAAUCUUGUUAGCAGGAGGUAGCUUCUAAAUGAGAUGCCCCAUACAUUGACAGAAAUGAAGUUGUACUUCGUGCAACUGAUUCAGGGCCAUGGUUUAAAGAGUUAUAGAAGAAAAGUAUAUAAUUGCCCACCUUUAAAUCUCCUACAUGCAGUAUUCUUAAAAUUAGUACCUACCUUUUACAUGCAAGGAGAACUUGCAUUUUACAAAGGUAGAGCAGUAAUUUUUCUGGUGUGUUUCAGGAAACAUUGAGUCAUGUUGCCUGUUUGCUGACAGGGACUAUACUUUGAUGGUGCAAACCACAUUGCUAAUUUUAAGAAGUGGAUUGCAGCCCCUGCUCGAUUUGGAUAACUCAUUACAUGAUGAUUCCUGAAGCAUCCUAGUUGAUAUUUUCACUGCUGGAAAUGUGAGCACACAUCUGUACGAGAGUUCAUGAAAAAGUUUUGAAAUACUGUAUGUAGAAGUUGUGGUUUAAACACUUUUUAAAAAGGCAUUUUUCUACCCCACUCCCCUCAAAUAUAGUGUUUUAGUUGUAUUGGUUCUGGUCAACAUUAGAUAGCUACAAUUAACAGUUGUGAAAGGUACAUUUUCUCUCUUAAUAUUUUAUACAUUUAUUCAUUUAACUGUGCAUUCUGUUGACUUGCAUUUAGAUAUGCAUUAUUGACAUUUUGUAAUAUUUUGAUCUGAAUUAGACAAAAUAUUUUAAUAAAUCACUACCCCCAUCCCAAACUCAGAUGCAAAUAACUUGAAAGCAUUAUUUCAAGUUUAUUUCAAGAUUAUUGUUGACAAUAAUUGUCAAUUAUAUUAAUAUUUAAAUAUCUUAAAAGAAUGUGCAAUACCCUUUAUUUGUUCAUUUUUAAUAUUGAAUAGCUUAAAUGUAGAAUUAUAAGGAUAGAGAUAUAGUUGUGUGAUUAUUUAGUGUGAUAGCCUGUAAUGUAUUUGUCUGUCAGUGACAAAUGUAUUAGCCUUCUGUUUGGAUCGUUUAGAUUUGAAUAUCUUGCCACAAGGUUAGAAUUAAUAUUUAGCUGUGUGGAUAUUUCAAAUCCAGGCCUUAUUCUCUGCUAGUUUUGUAGUAUUUAACCUGCUGUAGCUUUUGCAUUUUAGUGUAGCAUUGUUCAAGUUUAUUGUCAUGCUUUGCUUAUUGUGUGGUGUUGCUUUGUUUGCUUUGAAUUUGGCUUCACUUACUCACUCAGUGGAUUACUAAGAAUUUUUGAAGAAUAUUUGUUGUGCUUUUCCUUACACGUGUAGAGAAGUUCAAUUAAUUUAUAUUUAUAUAUAAGGUAGAAUAAUCAAGAAUUCAUCAAUCAUGGCACAAAAGUUCAAUGUUUAUUGAGCUGUUUUACUACCUUGUUGUUCAAGCUGUAUUUAACGUUAUUCAACGAGUUAGAUACUGUGGUUUUCCCCAACUUUACACCUAUACCUUCAGUGCAUUAGAAAUAACCAUCAUUUUCCCUGCAACCAUUCGUGAUCGCUUAUUGACAUUGUUUUCUGUCCAUUAUUUAUAACUGGCAUCGUUAAAUCAGUUGAAUAUUAUUAUUCUUUUACUUUUUCUUUUUAUAUAAAGUCAGAGUUCAAAAUAGCUGCAUUUAUGCAGUAUUAAUUGUAAGGACUAAGUGCUGAAACAUGUUCUUUCCCAAUAUUUCAAGAAAGUUUUUUAAGAAACAGAACAAUAUGGGUUUGCAUAAAAAUACUUUACUUUUUUUUAUUUUAAAUUGGUUACUGGAAUAAUAGGAUAUCCAUGGGUAUUCAGCUGUUCAGCAUUGCCACAAUUUUAUGUGGUUAGAAUCUUAUGAAUCCAAAGGAUUUCAUGUAAGAUUUGUUUUGUAACUUCUGACUAGGUUGGUAUUGGUAAUUGAGACCAUUACAUGCAAAUGUUAAAUGAACAAGCUGAUUCACGUUGAAUCUAAGUUGUAGCUUUUAUUAGAGCUCUUUAUAGAACACAGUUGGGAAGGAUCAGUAUCUGAAUGUUGUAACAUCAACUUUUCCACUGUUUCAUCCCUACAUCUCUUGGCCCAGGCUGUCCACAAAAGAAUGAAUUGUGAACAACACUCUGUAUUUAAACUUAAACUACAAUUUGCCCCUGCUAAACAGCUGUAUAUUGACUGUUUGUGUUCAUUUCUGCUUUAGACUAUAUAUAAAUGUAACUAAUGCUGCAGUUUUGAGUAUAAAAGUAUUCAGCAUGGUAAGAUGCUGAAAAGUAAAUUUCCUUAAUACUUGAGGAUAAUUGUAUUUACAAAGAAAUAUUUUGUUGCAUUGGGUACAUGUUUCUUUUCAAAUGUGCAAAAAUGAUGCAAAAAAGAUUGUAAUAUUGUAUUUUGAAUGUGUUUCCUUUCUGGCAUUCUAGCAUUUAGAUCCUAUUUUUAUUAAUAUCCAAUUUAUGAAAAAGUACUCAAAAAUUCAUAGCCUGAGAAAGUAUAUUUUAAUCUGCUGCUUUGCACAUUCCGCUUGCAUCUUAGUAAGAGCCAUGUUAUUUUCCUUUCCAACCAUACAUUAUUUGAUGUCUUUGGUUAAAGUAAUUUGAUGAACAGGGCCA